AUGGAUAUUCCCAAAAAGAGAAUUAGAUAUUCACGAGCAUCAAGUGCGAGGAAAAAAUUGAAAUUCUCAGAUGAUCCAGAUGAAAUUCGAAUUCUUUAUGUCGACACAUUCGACAUGUUUAACGUUGGGCAUUUAAGACAGUUAGAAAAAUGCAAGAAGCUAUUUGUCAAUGGAUCGUUGAUCGUUGGGAUCAUAGGAGAUGAAAAUGGACGCAGGAAAUGUUUGAUGAGUGAAUACGAGCGUGGAGCAUGUGUAAGCCAAUGCCAUUGGGUUACUGAUACCAUAUGUCCAUGCCCAACGAACAUUACAAUCCAUUUUCUUGCAUCCCCAGCCGAAUAAUAAAAUUAUUUUUUGCAUACAUAGGUGAUUUUAAAGGAAAUUUUUAUUUAAAAAAAAAUUAUAAUAUUUGUAUCUUAGAAGACUAUUUCAUUGACUAUCUUAUAGUCAACGAAGGAGAAGAAAAUGAUCCAAAAUACAGUGAAUUAAAAGCUGCAGAAAGAAUAUGGCCAAUGAAGCCAGUAGAAACCCUCAGCACAAAUGACUUAUUGAUCAGAUUCAUCAAAAAAAAUGACGACUUCAUUGAGAGGUGCCUAGAUAAAAAUAUUUCCAGACAUAAGCUUGGAAUUGGAAUCGCAAAAGAAUGAAUGAUCCAAAGCAAAAUUACUUGCAAAAAGGUCGGUAAUUUUUUCGGCAAAAUCAAAAAUUAUUUUUCAGAAGAACUGGAUGAAAUCAAAAGCGUGGGGGAAACAAUAGCCUCCACUAUAUUAAACAUCAAGAAGCAAACAGAAAAAAUAAUGAAAAAUUAUGUGGAAAUUUUUGAAGAAAAAACUGAAGAGUUUGAAGAAAUUGUAGAGCAAAAGUUUACAGCCAAUUCACAGGAUCAGUUGUUUUAA